AUGAAAUUGUUUUUAUAUUUUUUUAUAAGGUUUUUACUGUUAGGUUUGUUGACUGGUGUGUAUUGUGUUAUCAAUGUUGCGGAAGGUUUGGGUUUUGAAGGUAUUGUAUUAGAUUUGAAAAAUAUAGAUACCAGUUAUUUCAAAAUUGUCAAAAGAGAUGAGAUUCCAGAUACACAUCCUGAAAUUUUCAGGUUUAUGUUAAAACCAGGUACAUCAAAAGUUAUAACACUGAUAAAAGUUGAUCUAUUUAACAUUUGGGAAAGAAGCCCAGAAAAAAACGAUAACGAGUUUUAUUAUUUUGACAUGUAUAAUACUAGGAACAGAGGUAUUAUGGUUGACAUACAUACUUCGGGUUCUGGAGGAGGUGAAACGUUUCAAUUCAAGAUCACCGGUAAUUUCAAAUCCUUACUCACUUUGAUCGAAUUCUACAGGGAAUUAACCACAGAGUCUGAGGAUGUAGAUAAUUCAAAAAUUAAAUUGGAUGUUAAUGACAAAUUUGAUAUGUUAUAUCAUGAAAGCUUUACCAAAAUAGAUGGAACAAAAAGAUAUUUGACGUUCUCUUCACUUUAUGAGGAAUUUAUUCAAGUAUCGGAUCGCGACUAUAUCAUCUGGGAGCCAAAAUCACCUUAUGGCAUGGAUCCAAAUACUUCAACUCAAAAUCAGGGUCCUGAAGGAUUAAGCAAUAAAAAGGAGUUAUACUGUAAAAUGGUUGAAAUUUAUAGCAAUUUUAACUUCAUUCAUCUAGUUAAAAUAACUUUAGAAAAUGAUGAUAUUGUAUACUUUAAAAUAAGGAAUAAUACUCCCCUUGAAGUUGGGAGACCGACAAAAUUAGAUACGGUUAAUGAAGAAGAGUUUAUUAAAGCCAAAAAGGAAUUUGGAUUUGAGGAAUUGGAUGAAAGAAGCUAUGAAAAAAUUUUAGAUUCACGCAUUAGUGAAGGAGAUAAUUCUCACGCAGAAAUUGACCUUAGUAAAAACAACUAUUAUUUGGAAAACUCAAGGAUUAGUUUCUGUGGAAUAAGGGAAGUUUCAGUUCAUAUUGUGGGCAAAAAAAAUUUCAUAACAUUCAAAUAUGAGAAUCAAAAAAUUUUUGAGUAUAGUUAUGGAGAUAGUUAUCGUAUUAUCAUAGUCAAAUCCAACUCCGGAACAAAGUAUAUAGAAGUAAUUUCAAUGACUGGAGGAGUUAUGAAAAAAACAUAUUUUGCAUUAGAACCAAAGGAAACAGUAUGGAAAAAAAUUACAAAUUAUGAAUACGACUUCCCGUUGAAAAGUGAAAUUGAUUACGAGAGUAAACAUACUUAUUUUGGUGAAGUAGAAACAAUAGUAGAUGAUUUGCCUAUUGAAGUUAAGAAAAAAAUUAAUCCAGAUUUUGGAAAAAAUCCACCCAAAGAAAGUCCUCCAAAUAUUCCAGAUUUUGAAAACAAACAACUUAAAGUUAAUCCUCCAAAUAUUCCAGAUUUUGAAAACAAACAACCUAAAGAUAGUCCUACAAAUAAUCCAGAUUUUCGAAGCCAGCCACCUAAAGAGGGAGGAAUUGAAUCAGUUGUAUCAAGUUUUAAAAUUAGUAAAAUUUGGAUUGUAUUAUUAACAAUUUUUUUCAGUCUAAUUUAA